AUGCAAGACUCUCACGCAAUGAAGAUUUUGGUGCUCAAGUAUUUAUAUAUCCGUACUUGACUUCAUUGGAUGGCGAAAACUUCAAAGUACAACCUUAUAAACCCUGACAAUAUCAUACUAAAUAUAAACAAACUCUCGCAUGGCCCAGUUUUCUUUAUUUUAUCUUUACCUCGGUAUCAUCGUAUGUGCGGAAAUACUAUCAAGUGAUUGUCUGGCGAUGUUUUAAACAUUAUAAUUGUAUUCAAAGAGGUACAGGUUUUUGUCCGGAUAUGCUAGGUGUUUUCAUAUCACGUUGAAAUAGUAACGCAUACAGGAUAUUAAGCAAGGUUGUUGUUCCAUACUGAUAAUCAUUUAAAAAUUGUCUUUAUCAUUCAGGAAAUCCAUUUUUUAAGAUAAAUAAAAAAAGUUUCAUAACGACUUUUUUACAAGGAAAUAACAAAUUAGAGAGCAACAUAAAAAAAUUUAUACAAACAUAAAAUACAUUAUACAUUAUACAUUAAUGUAUAUACAUUGUCACGCAACACAUUUUUUCAUAGUUCAGUCAUAAUUGUUGAGUUUUUAUAUUACAAUUAGCAAUGUCUUUAAGAUAUUUUUUAAAUUGGUCAUUCUGAUUUUUUCGUUAUAGAUUCAAGUCAAUUUUAUAAAUUUUAGCCAUAUGUAAUUAUUAAAAAAACAGUUGAUCUUUCAUGAUACCAAUAUUCUUUUGUAUCAUUAAAAUUCUCUGAAAAAAUGUACAAUAAAAUUAUAGAGUUUUUCAUUAUUAUAAUAACAUCUAUAGUUAUAAUAAAAGUUUAUAUUUACUGCUUGGUAUCGUAGUUUCUCCGAAUUCACCAUCACCGAAACAGCCUACUAACGGUACUUCUGGAAAUAAUUUUUUAAAAAUAGUAGACUCCACAUCCCGUUCAUUGAACAUAUUUGUUCCACGUUCACAACAUGCAAACAUGAAACCCAUGGAAUGUUUCCUUAAAGAAAUAUGAUUCUUAAAUGAUUCCAAUUUCUGUUCAACUAGUUCCUUAGUAUUGCAAUCAUCAUCCAUAACUAUAGACCAUGAAUCUACUGAUCCAACUAUAGUAAUUCCAAUACAAUAUGCAAAUGUAACACAUUUCUCAUCAUGAAUAGGAUUUUUUGAAUUACAUACAUAUAAAUCCUUGACUACUCCUCCCCAAACUGAAGGUCUGACUGUUGCAUUACUAAAUGUAAAAAUAUCAUUACAUUAUUAUAAUACAUUAUAAUAUUAUAUAUUAUGGAAUUUAAAGUUUUACCAUAAUUGCAAUACACCUGCAGCUUCUCGUGCUAAAGCACGACCUGCUUGAUUACAAAAUAGUAGAAGGCAUUUAGAUCUGUUUAUUCCAUGUUUGGCAAGAGCUAGUCUCAUUUGUUCAUAAUAUUGUGCAAAAUCAUCUUUUGAAACAAUUGUAAUUACUUUGAUUGUUACAUUAGGUAUUUCAGGUAGGAAUGCACACACUCUUUCUUCAAGAAUUGUUUCCAUUUCUGCAUUUUCAAUAAGUAUACCACAUGUGCCCAAUGUUAUAAUUUCACAACUUUGUGGAAGAAUUUGACAAAGACAAUCUUGAUAUAAGCAAAUAUAAUUAUUAAAAGCAAAAUCAAAUAUAUAUCUCAAAAUGAAAAAAAAUUGAGGUAUAAUAUAAAUAAUAAAAAAAUACCUUGCCUAACAUUUCUUUUAUGUGGAGCUUUAAAAACUAAUCCUAAUGUAGGUUUGUUUCUUAAUUUUUCUAUAACUUUAAGAUAUUUUUUUCCCCAAUUUAUUAAACAAAUAGGACCUCCCCUAGUUCGUUUUUCGUCAUUUGCCACUUCUAACCAGGAUCUGAAAUACAAAGCGCUACAUAGUAAAAAUAUUUUACUAGUUUCUAUGAAGCUUGUUUCUUUUGAAUAAAUAAAUUUUUGACAAUGAAUUUUUUUUUUAUUUGGAAUACAAACACUUAAUAAAGUAUUAAAUAUUUUCACACCUGCAAACCAUCGAUGCAUUCGAUAAGUCUAUCCAAUUCAGAUAUUUAAAUACAAUCCUUAAAAUAUCAUAGGUUAAGUACCGAUCAGUGUUAUGUUUUUUUCUCUCUUUAACAUUCGGUGUAUUACUAUCGUCUUCAUAACUUCUUUUCGUUGGUAAAUUUUCCAUUACUUGAUUGUAUAAUAAAACUGCUUUUUAUAUAAUUUGACAAAAAGUUAUCUUCUAAAUCCGUUAACACUUCAAAUCACUAUUUACGUAUUUUAGUCUCUCGUUAUGCUUGCUUAUGUCAUGAACAAGUGAAAUAAACAGAUUACCAUUGUAUUUAUAUUCCUCCUCUUUUCUUAAUGUUUUACGUUACGUUUAAAGACAAACUUCAACUAUAUAUUGUAAUAAACAAUAGUAAUAAUAAUAUUGAAAGAUCAUUAUUUCGAAAAAAUAAUUAUGCUUAAGAUAUAUUAAAUUUUCACAAUUAUCAUAGAAACUCUACCAGAGACAUUGAUGAACUUUCAGGAAAAAGAAAUAACGUGUGUGAUAGUAAAUGCUAGCGCAUCAUAUCUAAAUUAUGAUCUUUCGUUAACGAUUGUAAAGAAUUUAAAUGUAAAUUUCUAGUUAAACAUUUAGUUUAACUAAAAUCCAAUGGAAGUCGAAAAUAAAGCAACAAUUUUAUCAAAUGACUGUGGCAAUAUUUGCCGUGUUUGUCUUGCAACAAAUCAAAAUAACCAAUAUAUUUUCGAUGGUAUUGGAGAAUGAUGGUUUACCUUCCACUAUUUGCACGAAAUGUAUAUUAAAAAUCAAUGAUGCUCAUGAAUUAAGAAAGCAAUGUCAGCAAUCUGAUAUCCGAUUAAGAGAAUUGUAUGGUAAAGUGGAAAACAUUUAUAACAUCAAUUUAUGUAAGACUACAAAAGAUCAAUAUUGUCAGACUGAUUAUUCAUUUACUUCUGAUUUAAUCAAAAUUGAAAACGUUUCAUUUUCUGCAAUGGGUUAUAAUUCUUAUCCAACAGUAAUUCUUAAUCCUGAUACUAAAGACAUAAAAGAUCAUGAAGUAAUUAAUCAAUCAAAGUAUACAGAAGAGAAAGAAUCCAAUAGUAACCUAAAUAAACAAAAUGCUUAUAUCAAAUGUAAGCAAGCAGAAUAUGAAAAAAAUGUUACAGGAAAGGAAGUUUAUCGAACAAGAAGAAUGACAAUGUUUAAAAGAGUAACAUCUAUAGAAAAUUUAAAAAAUCACAAAGAACGACAAAGGCAAUAUAUAAAAAAGAAUACAGUCAUUAAAUGGGAUAAUGCAGCAGAUAUAAACAAAGUAGAGUCUCAAAGUUCUUAUAAUUGUCCAAAAUGUACUAGGUGUUAUUCUACCAAAAGGUCUUUGGAUAGACAUAUAUUAACUCAUGAUGAAAAAAAAUUUACAUGUGAUAAAUGUAACAAAUACUUUUUUCAACUUGAUAAAUUAAUACAGCAUACUAAACUACAUAUUGUUAAGGAAAAACCUAAAUCAGUAUUAUGUAAAAUAUGUAACAGAAAUUUUAGAAAAACUGAUACUAUGGUAAGACAUUUAAAUGUUCACAAAAGAACUAAUCCAAAGGAAGUCUUCUCUAUUCUAAAAGAAAUUAGAGAUAAAAGAAAAUUGGAAAACAUAAUUGAACAAGAAAAAAGAGAAGUGGGAAAUAGUAAAGAUGAAAAAGAAACAGAGGAAGAAAGUAUUAGUGAAAGUAUUACUUCAAAUGUCCUUAAAAGAAAGGCUUUAGAAUCUAAAGAUAAAAAGUCUAGUUCUUUAUUAUCAGAGAUUCAUAUUGGAAAAAAAUUUGUUUGUAAUGUUUGUAAUAUGAAAUUCUUCCGACAAGAUAGAUUAAACAGCCACAAGAAUCGAUAUGGACAUAAUGAAAAUUCAGUAUUAGAAAUACAAAAACCAAGUGAUGACAAGUCAGCCAUUAAAUUAAUAAAUAGUUGGAUUCGAGAGGAACUUGAUUCAGAUAAUGAAGAAAAAGGCUUUCCUUGUAAAAUUUGUGGAAAAUCAUAUGAUACAAAAAAAUCUUUAUUGAAACAUCAAUUGAGUAUGCAUAAUAUAGAAAGAGAAAACUGCACAUCAUGCGGUAAGAUGUGUGCUUGUGAUGAAAAGGAGAAAGACCAACAUAAAUCAAACGAAAUAUUAAAACCAUAUCGAUGCGGAGAAUGUAAUAAAUCCUUUGAGAAAGAAAUUAAAUUGCAGAAACAUAUAAGAAUUCAUGAACGUGCUAAAGAACAACAAGAUGUAAAUUUUAAGCGAUUUUUAUGUCACAUAUGUAGCAAAACUUUUAGACAAAAUACAGGUCUCAUGUUUCAUAUGAGAACGCACACAGGAUACAAGCCUCACGUUUGUAAAUAUUGCGGAAGAGGAUUUACGUCAAAUUCUAAUUGUAUUAAUCAUGAAAGAACUCAUACUGGUGAUAGACCAUUUGUUUGUCAUUUCUGUAGUGCUGCUUUUGCCAAAUCAUGUACACUUAAAGCACACAUUACAACACAUACAGGAGAAGCAAAUUAUCAUUGUAAAACUUGUGGAAAAUCAUUUAGAAGAUUAAAGUAUUUGAAAGAGCACAAAUUUACCCAUACAGGAGAAAAACCAUAUGCUUGUAAGAUUUGUGGCACUGCAUAUAGCCAUUCUGGUAGUUUAUUUGUACACGAGAAAAAAUGUAAAGCACAGUAUAACAGCUAUCAAUCUAAUUCAACACAAAAUAUACAAACUUAUUGUGAAUCUGAGACGUCUUCACCAACUCCUAUUAUUACAGUUUUACCGCAGUUACUAAAUUGCCAAGUAAAAUGUUAUUCUUGCGAUGAAACUUGUACAUUACAUGUAGAAACUAUGUGGCCAGAAAUUGUAGAAUAUUUAAAAGAUGCGUCUUUAGUAGCAAAAAUACAAAACUGUUUUGGUGUUAAAAUACAUUAUACCGGAACUUUGAAAGAACAUUGUAAGAAGAAAUCGUGUUCAACAAUCCAUGAUACUAAUUGUCGAAAUAAUGAAUGCAAUUCAAAUAGUUGCCAAUUUAAAUCUGAGGGAGCGAAAGAAAAUGGUUAUACUAUAACAGAAAAGAGAUCUCUUUAUGGGACAAAAACGACUAUAUACACGAGUGACAAACAAGAGCAAUCAUUGAUUGUCUUUAAUUCGAAUUAUACUAUAACAAAUUACUUUUGGUAUUAUUUGUUUUUAUUUGGGACAGAAUUAGGGGAUGAAAUAUUUUAUUCUACAUUUAUACCUUUUUGGUUCUGGAAUAUUGAUGGUGCAGUGGGUAGAAGAGUUGUUUUAGUAUGGGCUAUUAUUAUGACAACAGGUCAAAUAUUAAAAGAUGUUAUAUGUUGGGCAAGACCUGCAUGUCCUCCAGCAGUUAGAUUACAAGUAAAAUGGUCCGAAGAAUACGGAAUGCCAUCUACUCAUGCUAUGAUUGGUAUAUCGAUUCCAUUUAGUGUAGUAUUAUUUACAAUGAAUAGAUAUAUCUAUCCUGUUUCUAUUGGUUGGACAAUUGCAACUCUGUGGUGUACACUUGUGUGUAUGAGUAGACUAUAUCUGGGUAUGCACACAGUGUUAGAUAUUUUAGCAGGCUUAAUGUUGGCCAUUGCGCUAAUGAUUCCAUUAGUACCUUUAGUGGAUUUCACAGAUUAUUAUAUUCUUUCAAAUAUUUGGGCUUUGGCAAUUUUGAUUGCCAUUAGUAUAGUUGUCAUAGUUUAUUACCCAUGCAGCAGGAAAUGGACACCAACCAGGGGUGAUACUACUAUGGUAGUAUCUGUUACUACUGGAGUUCAUUUAGGAGCUUGGCUUAACUAUAAUACUGGAGCUAUGAUAGCUCCUACAAAAUCACCACCAUAUGACAUUAUAUGGCCAACUUAUUCAAUGUUUGGUUGCAUGAUACUUAGAACAAUACUUGGAUUUUGCAGUGUUUUUGCAACAAGAGUUGUUUGUAAAUCUCUUAGUUAUGGAAUAAUGUGUGCCAUAUUAAGAGUUAAUUCUAAAGACCUUAUAAAAAGUCAAAAUUAUUCAGAAGAUAAAAAUAAGGUUCUUGUUGAUCUAGUCUACAAAUAUGUGACUUGUUUUAUGAUAGUUUCAAAUCUUUCACUUCCAAUACUCAUAGGUAUGACAAAUUCUGGAUUUUCUUGUGACAAUAUUUCAAAAAGUUUUGCAUCUGAUAUAUCAUCAGGUGAUGGUAUUUUGUCAGAUGUACAUAUAUUUAAGAAUAUUUUUUCUCCAUUAUCAUUUUUUGUUUUUAUACAUAUACCUAGAAUAUACAUAUAGAAAUUAUAUAUUUGAUGAAUGUUGUUAAUUUUAUUAAUAUUAAUAACAGAAAUUACCUGGUAUAGGUUGA